AUGCCUCCCGACGGCUACGAAACGUGGAAGUCAACCAAAACCACCAAGACAUGGUAUUAUCCUCUGCCUCGCAAGGCUAAUCCACCACCGCCGCCGCCGCCGCCGCCAUCACCACCGAACCCACCUUCACGAACGAGGAGCCCGCCAUUUCGUGACUAUGCCGAUUCACCCCGAUCGCGCUCCUUACUAAACCUCGACAACAGCCAACCGGUAUCUCGAGUCAGCGUAGAAUACGGGCGUGCCCCUGAACGAAGACCGCGAGACGAUGAUCACCAAGAGCGCUCUUAUGACAAGGGUGUUGAAGAACGAGAUAGACCCUCUCGAAGCCCACGCAGACCUGAACGACGACCACGGACUCCCUCACCCGCAAGCAGUUCUGAUCGCUAUAGCAGUCAUCACAGUUACCACAGCGAAGAGUGGGGACUUUCGCCCAAAGCAUUUACAUUUGGAGCUCUUGCCUCUACGCUAACACUACGACGUUCGCGGGAUCGAGUUCGCUCGAAGACUUCUGGACGGGAGGAACGCAGAUCGCGAUCCAAAACCUCUCGAAACAAGUCCAACGCUGUCUAUAUCGGCAAUGACGGCCAUCGCUAUGUCAGGACUGAUUGA